CCUGAAUAAGGCCGAUUAAUGGACAAGGGGUGCCUGAUUUGCAUACUUUCGUAACACAUCGAGAAGCAGAUUGUGCCUGAACGAUGACGUCGAAGAACCUAUUCGUUGGCUGUGGUUAUCUGCGUCACGCUUUCUGUCAAGUUUCUAAUUAUUUGGCGCCGCUUAGGGGCCUGCUGUUACUAUUGAUAUUUCUAUAGAACUCUCCUUGUCCGUUCUGUUUCGAGUGCCUUCUUGUGGGCACCGCAAGGGUCCCUACAUUCCACUUCUAUUGAUUGAUGGAAACCUAUCUGAGGAUUCUCAUUGGCAGGCCAGAGGAGGGUUCCCCAAAGAAUGCUGUCAUUUCUGUCUAUUUAAAGUCAAUACCCUUCGGUGAAUACCCGAUUCCCCAUGUCUCAUUGUUGAAUGCUCGGCAUUGCCCCCCCUUUGAAGGCAUAUCCAGGAAAUUGAUUGCUUUGUUUCUCCAAAAUAAUCCUAUUGUAUCUGAUGAAAACAAAGGGAAUUCCGGAAAAGAAAGAGAAUCCUAAGGCAUUAUGAGUAUUUAAGCCGUACUUGUUCUGAGAUCCAUAUACUCCGCUGGCGGUAUUUAUUACAUUCCUUUUCUAAAAUCUAAGCCAACAACAACUACAAAGAAGCAUCCAAAGCAUGGACUUCAAGCCCACUACCUGGAAAAGCGGCCUGGGGCUGCUUUCUCUCCUCGUCCUGACCCCAACGGUCGUCGCUCACUCAUGGGUUGAACAGCUCAUGGUUAUCGCACCGAAUGGCACCUUUGUCGGCUCUCCAGGGUAUCCAAGAGGGAACGUCCUUCGCUCUAACCCCGGAUACAGCGACACAAAGAUGCAAUAUUUGGUCCCAGAUGGUCGCAAUGAGAUACUCCCAACUGAUUUGCUGUGUAAGGAUACCCAACAGCAGCAAGUGCAGUCCGAAGGGAGUCCAAGACUGCAGGCAAGCGCUGGCGCUGCCAUUGCCCUCCGGUACCAGGAAAACGGCCAUGUCACACUGCCCGGGAAUCAGCUGGGAAAGCCUGAAAAUCGUGGGACAGUAUACGUAUACGGAACAACAGAACCAAAGGAAAAUGAGAAGAUAAUGGACGUGCACAAGAUAUGGAAUAAAGAGGGUACCGGAGGUGACAAACGCGGUGUUCUCCUGGCAACGCGAAACUUCGACGAUGGCCGCUGCUAUCAAGUUAACGGCGACAGUAUUUCAAAACAACGCCAAUCGGAAUUCCCUCAUACCGCAGAUCAGUUAAUGGGUGACAAUUUAUGGUGUCAGUCAGAUAUUGCACUGCCAUCCAAUGCACCAUCCGGGAAGCCAUAUACUCUUUACUGGGUCUGGGACUGGCCUACACUUCCUGGCGUGGACCCAAACUUGCCCAAAGGAAAGCAGGAAAUAUACACCACCUGCAUUGAUGUUGAUGUGGUAGCCAAUACAGGGGCUCAGUCGCAUGUGGUGGCAAGUUAUGUCCAGGAUCAAUCCUUGAAUAAUGCUGCCAUCCCAGCCCAGCUUGCGGACAUCUUUGGUUCUAGCGCUUCUUCUGGCUCUGCACAAAGCUCGCCUAUAGCUGGAGUCUCAAUGACACCCAGCGGUCCUAGGCCUACUGCGUCAAAGUCUUCGCAAGCAGUCAUCAGAUCCAGCAGCUCUUGGUCUUCACCUAUCGUGGAAGCGACUCCCACGUCGCUUGUCCAAGACCCAAUGGGUCCACGAAGGAUAGCAACAAUAACAUCCUUCGUGACAAUGAUGAAGACUGUAUUUCCUGGGUGUUCUGCUAGUGCGAGCCCAUAGUAAAGAGAAAUGCAGAAAGUGUCCCUUGCAGUUAAAUAUUUGCGGCUUGAUUUGGAGUUUCAGCUUCUGUUGGUGGUUGGCGAUUCUGGUCCUUUGGACAAGCGAUC